AUUUCUGUCAAACAUACUAUCGCCCCUAUAUAUGUGUGUAUGUAUUUAUCUGUGUUCGUAUAUAUAUAUAUAUAUAUUCACAAUUUCUGAGUUUGCAGCAAACUCUCUUUUAUAUAUAGAACUCACUCUAUGUUUGUCUCUCUAUUUCUUGCAACAAUUUAUCCAAUUAUCCCAAUUGCUGCAAGAAUAGAGUGCUAAUAACACAAAUUUCUAAUAUACUUGGAUUCUUGAGGGAUUGGCUCGUGAAUAUUAUUCAUCGUGUUUAUAUUCAAACGUAGAUUGGUUAUUUGAUUAUUUACAAAUAUUGUUAGAAGAUCAGCAAUUUUGGGAGAAGGUUAUCACCACAUUAUAAUUUGAUCAUCACGAACGAAGAUUCUCAUUCAGACAUUGUAUAUAUAUAUCUCCUCUGCAAGGAUUUAGAAAGAAGUGAAAUGAAUUGCAAAAAUCAAGAAUGUUUGGACAAGGCACUACCUCUUCCACCUCCAUUGCCCUCUCACAAAAGAGGGUUGUUAACAAGUGGAUUGAAGAGGAGGGACAAUUGCUUCUGUGCUCACAAUGCAGUAAAUACUUCCUUGGAUCGUCUCUUCGAUGAGGCUUAUCGAGCUGAUAUCUCCAUUUUGACUGAAGAUGGUGGCGUCAUCUACGCACACGCCAGUAUUCUUGGCAUGGCUUCUCCAGUCUUCAAGGCUAUGCUAACCAAAUUGAAAGGCCGAAGUCAGAGAAAACUGCGAUCAAUCCUAAUUCCUGGAGUUCCAUCUGAAGCGGUCCGUGUUUUCAUCCGAUUCUUGUAUUCAUCAUGCUAUGAAGAAGAAAAGAUGAGGGAAUUCGCACUGCCUUUGUUGGUGCUGUCACAUGCAUAUGCAGUUGGACAACUAAAGUGUCUAUGUGAGUGUUGGCUGGAGACGAAAUUGAUGAACACCGAGAAUGUAGUUGAUAUUUUUCAACUUGCUCUGCUGUGUGAUGCUCCUCGGCUCAGCAUCAUGUGCCAUCGAUUCAUUGUGUCAAACAUAAAGGCAGUUAUAGCCACGGAUGGGUGGCACGACAUGAAAAUGAGCCAUCCAAUCCUAGAGAGGGAACUAAUUGAGUCUUUGGGCGAUGAGGACGCUAUACGAAAGGAUAGGAAAAGGAAGCAGCAGGAGAGGAAGAUAUACAUGCAGCUAUACGAAGCAAUGGAGGCGUUAGUUCACAUAUGCAGAGAUGGCUGUCGGACAAUUGGGCCACGCGACAAGGUCCCACGAGAUGAUCAAGGCCCCUGUGAAUUCCCAGCAUGUAAGGGUCUUGAAGCACUCGUUCGCCACUUUGCUGGAUGCAAGAUGAGAGGUCCCGGUGGCUGCAUCCAUUGCAAGCGAAUGUGGCAAAUCUUGGAACUGCACUCGCGUCUUUGCCCUAAUUCGGAUGAUUGCAAAGUACCAUUGUGCAGAAACUUUAGGCAGAGAAGAAGGAAACAGAACAAGAAAGAAGAUGUGAGAUGGAGAAUUUUGGUGAAGAAAAUAGUGAGAUCAAAGAGUAUAACUGGAGCCCCUUUCUUCUCAUUGGAUUCAACAUAAUGCAAGGAAUUGAAGAUGAGAAUACAUAAUCCUUUCUCUUUUUCCAUUUUUGAUUACUAUUUUGUAACCGAGAAAAUGGUUCAUUUUUGGCUGGGGGAAAAAAGAGCACAAGAAUUGAUGUCAUACCUUCUCAAUUAUAGAUAUGUGUAUAUAUAUAUUCUUUAUUCUAUUCAA